ACUGUGGGGUAACUAACGUUACACAUCACAUAUCCCAGCAGCUAACUUAGCUAAAGCUAGGCUAACUAGCUGCUACAGAGUGACAUGUAGUCAACUUUACAACCAGUCUCAAUGAAGGAGCUUCCACAGUGAUUUGGACAUGGAGAUAAGAAAUAUCAAAGACCAGUCUCCAUUGGUCCAGGCUAUUUUUAGCCGAAACACAGAAGAAGUGACAUUUUUAUUGGACCAUAAUGAAGAUGUCAAUUCUUUGGACCAAGAACAAAGCUCACCCCUUCAUGCUGCCGCCUAUUCGGGGGAUGUCCAAACUAUGGACCUACUUAUUACUUCUGGUGCAAAAGUCAACGCUAAGGACCGGGGUUUGCUGACUCCCUUACAUAGAGCAGCAGCCUCUAGAAAUGAAAAAGCUGUUGAACUGUUACUGAAGCACGGAGCAAAGGUCAACCCUCAGGACAAGUACUGGCAUACACCUUUACACAUGGCAGCUGCAAAGUGGGCCACAGGCUGUGCCGAAGCUCUGAUACCACACAUGUGCAGCAUGGAUGUUGCUGACAGGUCAGGGAGGACGCCACUACAUCACGCAGCGCACAGCGGUCAUGAAGAGAUGGUGAACUUGCUCCUUAAAAAAGGUGCCACUGUGAGUGCCAAAGAUAAGAAGGAAAGGCAGGCAAUUCACUGGGCUGCACACCUCGGACAUGUGGAUGUUGUGAAGCUUCUUGUGUCAAACGGUGCGGAUGUGACGUGCAAGGACAAACGCGGUUACACUCCGCUCCAUGCUGCAGCUGCCAGUGGACAGUUAGACAUGGUCAAAUACCUGUUGAGACUGGUGGUGGAGACUGAUGAACCUAACACCUUUGGGAGCACAGCGCUGCACAUGGCCUGUCACACGGGGCAGGACGCUGUGGCCUCUGAGCUGGUCAACUGUGGUGCCAACAUCAAUCUGCCCAACCACCAUGGCAGCACGCCACUACACCUGUCUGCCGCCUCUUCCAGCGGGGUGCUGUGUCUCGAGCUGCUAAUUAACAAUGGUGCUGAUGUCAACGUGCAGAAUAAAGAAGGGAAAAGCCCUCUGCAUAUGGCCGCAAUGCACGGGCGCUUCACAGGCUCUCAGAUUCUGAUCCAAAAUGGUGGGGAGAUCGACUGCACUGAUAUGUUUGGAAACACCCCUCUUCAUGUUGCUGCCAGAUAUGGUCAGGAGCUGCUGAUCAGCACUCUGCUGACCAACGGUGCUGAUAAGACCAAACAGGGUAUUCAUGGGAUGCUUCCACUGCAUUUGGCAGCGCUCUACGGAUAUCCAGACUGCUGUCGAAAGUUAUUGUCCAAUGGCCAGUUUUACAUCAUGCCGUCUCAAGUGCCGUCAGCAGGGGAUGAUAUUAACGUCUUAGACGACCAUGGAAGGACCUGCCUGCAUGCAGCUGCCUCUGGAGGAAAUGUAGACUGUCUGAACUUGCUGUUGAAUAGUGCCAAUGCCGAUCUGGAUGCAAAGGAUCAUUUGGGGCGAUCCCCUCUGCACUACACUGCAGCUAACGGGAACAGCCAGUGCACCAUCUCCAUGGUGAGAGCCGGCGCUGCCGUCAAUGAGCUGGACCUGACGGGCUGCAGCCCCCUGCACUACGCCGCCGCUUCACACACCUUUUGUGGGGGAGAGACGAGCUCUGAGUCUGAACACAGUGAGGGAAAGGAACACGAAGCCUCUCUGUGUUUAGAUUUCUUGCUUGACAGCGGGGCAAACCCAACUCUGAAGAACAGUAAGGGUUACAGCGCCGUCCACUAUGCAGCAGCUUAUGGGAACAAACAGCACCUGGAACUGCUCCUGGAGAUUUCAUUCAACUGUCUAGAAGAGGUUGAGAGUAAUAUUCCAGUCAGUCCUCUGCACUUAGCUGCGUAUUAUGGUCACUGUGAUGCACUGCGUUUGCUUUGUGAGACCCUUGUGAAUCUGGAUGUGCGGGACAUUGAAGGCAGGACGGCCCUCCACCUGGCCGCUCAGAGAGGCUUUGCCCCGUGUGUGGAGGUGCUGCUGAAGCACCAAGCCUCUUUCUCCCUGAAGGAGCAGAAGCGCAAGUGGACGGCGCUCCAUGCUGCAGCUGCUGAAGGCCACAUGGACUGUUUGCUGUUAUUGGUCAAUGAAGAACAAAGUGCUGAAGUCAUCGACAGUCCUGAUACACAGGGAAAGACGGCUCUCAUGCUUGCAGCUCUGGGAUGUCACACCGACUGUGUCCACAUCCUGUUGGAGAAAGGAGCAAAGGCUGACUCUGCGGACAAGAAGGGCUUCACUGCAUUACACAGAGCUGCGAUGCUAGGCAGUGAGGACUGUGCCUCUGCUCUGUUGGAGCACGGGGCCUCUGCGCUGUGUAGAGACUCUCAGGGAAGUACCCCGCUGCACCUCGUAGCGUCCCGCGGCCACACAGAGCUGCUCCGGACUCUGCUGAAGGCUGCUGUGAAAGCUGACCCUCUGGACUCCAUACUGGACUUCAGAGGCUACACGCCCACACACUGGGCUGCUCACUACGGGCAUGAAGGAUGUUUACACAUUUUACUUGAAAACAAGCUUUUUAGCAACCAGGAGGGACAUUUCUUCACUGCAUUGCACUGUGCUCUAGUAAAUGGACAUGACGUUGCUGCUGGACUGAUAGUGAAGACUGUUGGCCCUCAAAUAGUUAAAGUUAGCGAUGCCAAAGGAAGGACCCCAUUGCAUGCGGCUGCUCAUUCAGGAAACGUUGCCGGGCUCCAGCUGGUCCUGUUACAGGGAGCAGACAUCAACGCUGUGGAUCUCUGUGGAUGCUCUGCAGUGAUGGUUGCUGCUGACUGUGGACAGACUCAGGCUGUUGAGUUCUUGCUGCACAAAGCGAAGCCAGACCUGACGCUGGUGGAUGUCAAUAGUAACACUGCCCUUCACUUAGCCUGCAGCAAGGGUCAUGAGAUGUGUGCCCUGUUGAUCCUCGGAGAGAUCAACGACUCUUCCCUCAUAAAUGCAGCAAACAACACUCUCCAAAUGCCUCUUCACAUAGCAGCAAGGAAAGGCCUGACCACUGUAGUGCAGGUGUUAUUGGGCAGAGGAGCAGCGGUGAUGGCUGUCGAUCAGGAAGGCCACACACCGGCUCUUGCUUGCGCCCCAAACAAGAACGUGGCGGACUGUCUCGCCCUGAUCCUCUCCACCAUGAAGCCUUUCCCCCCCAGAGAGGCCAGCGCUGGUACAGCCUCUCAUUUCAGCCCCAUCCUGAAGAACUGCGGCAUCGCUGCCAGCUGUGGGUCCAGCGGUAACCUCUGUCACGCCUAAUACAGCAGCCGCAUGUCCUGUAGGCGUGUCACCAUAAUUACUGCUGCUUUACAAGAUAUCACUGAUAUAAUUGUCAUUUUAAGACCAUUUCAUACCACUUAUAUAAUAUCACGAUAUUAAAGCAUAAUAAUGCAAGUAUCCCAUUUUAAAGAGCAAUGGAGUAAAUU